AUGACGUCUACCCCACUGUCCAUCUUUGUCGUGGGCGGUCACGGCAAAGUGGCACUGCACUUUACCCGCCUUGCCGCUGCUCGCGGACACAAGAUCUACAGCAUGAUUCGCCAACCCGAGCACGCUUCCGACUUGCCCGCUGGAAAAUCGGCUGAUGCAGUUCAGCCUGUCAUCGCAUCUCUCGAGCAGUCCUCCGUCUCUGACCUUGCCUCGCUCUUCAUAAAGUACUCUCCCAAUGUCGUUCUCUUCAGUGCGGGCGCCGGUGGCAAAGGAGGACUCGAGCGCACCAAAGCCGUCGACGAGCAAGGCGCCAUCAAGGUAUUCGAUGCUAUCGAACAGAGCGGUAUUGCCGAGUCGCACGAAUUCCGUCGCUUCUUGCUCGUUUCCGCCAUAGAUGUACGUGACAAGUCCAAGCCGCCCCCAACUUGGUAUCAGCAACAGGACAAGGAUCGUUCCGAAAAGACUCGUGCCGCUAUUGGCGCUUACAUGGACGCAAAAUAUGCUGCCGAUAAGAACCUGUCAAGCAGAUCAAGCUUUCCUUGGUUCGUGCUACGCCCCGGUGGGCUGCUGGAUGAGCCUGCGACAGGCCAGGUAGCGCUAGGUGUUCACCAGAGUCUCGUCCACUCCAUUCCGCGCGAAGACGUCGCAGCCACGCUGUUGGAGAUUGCGCAGCUUCCCAAGGGUCAGGCAGAUGGAUUGAUGCUUGACUUGCUUGCAGGAGAUAAGGACAUUCCCACAUCUGUUAAAGAGGCCGUCGAGAGGGGACGCACUGAUUUUGAGGGAUGA